AUGCUAAUUGCAGGACUCAGUGAACAUCGACACCUCGAACGCACAUUGCGGCCUCGAGGUCCCUUGUCUCGGGGCCCCGUCCGGUCGAGAGGCGGAAAAUGGCAUGUCUUCUCACUCGAUAGUCGAGAGGCAUCUCACCGUCCCCCGCGUCAUUCAUUACCUUUCUCACGCGGGGGAAACCGGGGCCUAGCUAGCUAUCAGUCUCUGUCUUCAUAUCUAUCUAUCUAUCUAUCUAUCUAUCUAUCUAUCUAUCUAUCUGUUAUGUAUUUACUAUUCUGUACUUCUCUUUUUCUUUCUUUCUUAAUUCAUUGUCUUUUUUCUUUCUUUUUUUUUUCUUUCUUAUUUGUUUAUUUCAUUGAUCUUUCCUCACGUUUAUCGUUCUCUCAUCUUUCUUCUUUUUAUUAUUCUUUCUUUCUUUCUUUCUUUCUUCACCCAUCUUUCUUUCAUUCUUUCUUUCUUUUAGUUUGUCUUCAUAUUUUACUUUCCCCUUUCAUUCCUUUUGUCUUUUCGCGAGUUUAUCCUUCUCUCUUCUUUUUGCCAUUACGUCUUUCUUUUCUCUUUCUUUAUUUUCUAAUGGUUAUCUUUCUCUUGUUUUCACUAUUAUUUCUUAUUUGUUUGUUUGUUUCCUUCCUUCCUUCCUUCCUUCCUUCCUUCCUUCCUUCCUUCCUUCCUUUUGACCUACUUUUCAUUCAUUUUCUUUCUAUCUUUCUUUUCAGCAAUUUAUCUUUCUCUUUCGUUUUUAUAAUUCUGUUCUUCUUUCUUCAUUCAUCUUUUCUUUCUGUCUGUCUGAUUUGUUUAUUUCUUUGCUCUUUCUUUCUUUCUUUCCUAUGGCCUAAUUUCAUGAUUAUUAUUCGUACCAAUUUUCAAUUUCUUUUUUCUCUUAGUCUUCCUUCCUUCCUCUUUUUUCCCUUUUUCCGUUCUUUCAUUCUUUUUUUCUUCUUGACUGAUUUUUUAUUCAUUCAUUCAUUCAUUAUUCGUCUCAUAUUUUUUUACUAUUUUUCAUUAUUUAUUUUUCUUACAUUCUUUUUCACUUUGAUAUAUUUUCUUUUUUACUUUUUUCAUUCAUUUUUUAAAAUUUUCUCAUAUCUAUUGUUCUCUUUUGUUUAUAAUAAUUUUUCUUUCUUUCUUCAUUCUACUUUUCUCUCUGCUUUUCUUAUUUUUUUAUUUCCUUGCUCUUUCUUUCUACUUGAUGGGUUUUUAUUCAUUCAUCUUUUUUUUCCCUUACAUUCUUAA